GCGUGUUUUCCCUCUCUCCACGUCCACAGAUCAGUAGAAAGGCGGCCACCAUUACUAGCAGACGGAACGUACUUUAGUAUAAUACCGGUACAUAUACUCCGUUCUUACCGGCACACAACGUUUUACCGGUAUAAAUAUCCAACCCUUCCAACAAAUUUGCCCUACUCCAACCGCCGCAAUAAGUAAAAAUCUACUCCAUCAGAAAACCUCAGUCGAUUUUGCAGAGCAAGCAGACUACAUUUUUCGAAACCCAGUAUAAGGUAAAAUACGAGAACAAAUAUUGUGACGUACAGUGGACUUCUGUACUUCAUUGUACUAUAGGUACAAUAGUACUUCAGAAUGGAACAAAAUGGUUUCAAGAUUUCCACUGAGAAUUCCCCUUACGGAAUUCAGAGAGAAAAUGGCAGACCCGAUGUUAGCUCCGGACCCAAGCUCUCAAACGGCCAUAGUUUCGCCGAAAAUUUGAUCGCGGCCGCCGACAGCCAGCAUUCGUCAGACAGCGAGGAACUGGAGGCUCUAGACGGGAAAAUAAAUCCAGUUUAUUCGUCCCAAUCUCCUUCUCCGGGUCGGACCUCAGCCUCGGAGUCCCCUGAGGCCGGAACUAGUCCCGGAUACGGUUUCUAUAAACCUCACGAGGUCAGCAGAGACACGGAGCGGUUCAAGAGUCAGGUUUCGAACCCCCGGGAGUUCUACACGGAUUCAUAUUCCGCUCCUAGAGAUUAUUUCAAGAGCAAGGAGUCCGAUUCCUUUGAUUACUUCAGUCGGGAGAAUUCCUCCCCAACCCCAAGGUACAAGAUGAACCCUGAGCAGGACUACUCCAGGACGAGGACGGAGAACCGCAGAAACGACGAUUUACGAAAUCCCUUCCUUGACCAGGGGUCUGAUGACAACUACCGACGUGAGCCGACCAACCGGGAUUAUUUCCAGGAUAAUUAUGGAUUUCAAGAUGGAUCAGAGAACAGGAAAUCCUCUAAUAAAUCAGAAAUAUUUUCAUCUGGUGAAAACAGUUUUCAAACCACAGGAAGAAAUCCUGUCAGAGAUCAGCAGAAUGAAGUUAGUUCCGAUCCUGAGGAUAAGUGGGAGAAAGAGAUUAAUUCUACAGAGAAGAUAAUAGAAGACGACCCAUUCAGAUCCCAUGCGUACUCAGGGGUUGAUGAGAAGUUGUAUGCCAGGAUGGAGAAGGACAAGGAGUAUGGAGACAAGGAGUACCCAGUCUACAAAGACAAGGAGUAUGAGGACACGGAAUAUCCUGCCUAUAAGAACAAGGAGUAUAAGGACGAGGAGUACCCAGCCUACAAGGACAGUGUAGACGAGGAGUACCCAGCCUACAAGAAUACGGUAGACGAGGAGUACCCGGUCUACAAGAAUAAGGUGGACCUUGAGUACCCAACAUACAAGAACAAGGAGUAUGAGAACGAGGAGUACCCAGCCUACAAGGACAAGGUGGAGAGGGAUAGUGAGGAUUGGAUGAGACCAACCCAAGAGUUCAAUGCUGUAACAGAGCAUUCUGCCGACUGGAACAGAAUUAAAGAUAUUAAGGACGAUUGGUCAUCUGUAAAGAAGAACUACACAGACGAACGGUCCAAGAUGGAUGAACCAGCGGAGUUCUAUAAUAGGGGAGACGAUUGGUCCAGUGUAAAAAAUGGGCACAAGAAGGAUUGGUCCGCCGUAAAAACAAAUUACGAACAGGACUGGCCGUCCGCCAAAAAGUUUUUGGAUGAAGUGAAGCCACUUGAAACAGGAAUGGAAGAGAUCGAUUGGCUCCCAGUGCAGAAGGAGAAAGAGAACUGGAAGGACCAAGAUCGGGAUCAAUCCAGUCCUGACUCUCAGUCCAGAGACGAACUGGAGUCUCCCAACCUACCCUACGUUCAGGGUGCGUUGAAGAUACAGUUAACCGACAGAGGAUACAACAACGGGAUGGAGAACUCCACCGGAGGGUUUGGAGGAUACAACCACGGAAUGGAGAACUCCACUGGAGGUUUUGGAGGAUACAACCACGGGAUGGAGAACUCCAACAAAGAGUUUGGAGAGAAGGCUCUGUUUGCUCCUCGAACCUUUGCCAAUGAAGGUUCUGAGGGAGAAAACACAGCUCCGAAUUCUGUGAACUAUUUGAAAGAUACUGAGAGUUCAGAUGAUGAGCGGCAUGAGAGUUCUGAGGAUGAGGAUGAAGGGCGUGGAGAGGUUGUUGGAUCUCUCUCGUUCAAGAUUCCAACGAGAGAAUAUGCUCCUAGAGAAACCUUCAAGGAGAAACUAAACGCUGAAGAUGAUAAAGAUGUGGAUGAAACUGAUUUAACCUAUCCUGAUCAAUUUAUGAAUAUGAUCAACAAGCCAGUGUAUUCAGUCCAGGGUGAGUUAGGGAAGAAUAAGAAGGAAGAUGAAAACUUAAGCUCAGAUGAGGAGAGGAAUGAAAGUCCUAAUUACAUGGUUGAGAAGCCUGGAGAUGGAAUCUGGAAAAUGGUAGAGCAUGAUUCAGAAAUUGAAAAGAAUAAGACGGAGCUGAACGAGGAGGAGCCGACAGAGUUAGAAAUCCGAACCGAGACUAAAACUUACAACUUUCUGGAAUCUGAGCCGGAGAUAAAGAAAGGGUUGGAUGAUUUUUACAACUCUGGGAACGUGGUCUCAGGUUUUCUCGACUCUGCACUCUCGUCUCUGCAGAUAAAUGGUCUGUGCAAAACUAAGGACACAGCUGAUGAACAAGAGGUUGAGUUGGAUAUAACCAAUGAAUCCCCAGAGACGGUUCUGCAGGUUCUCAAGGAUACACUAAGUGUAGAUGCCUGUUUUGACAACAACCUGGAGAACUUGGACCAGGAUCCAUGUGUACCUGAGGAGAUGGAGUUUAGUCGACACAAAGAGGCACUUGAUUCUGGAGCUGUAAGGAAAAUUGAUACACCAGAGAUCAAAGAGGUUGAUUCUAUUGCCGAAGAGUCUAAAGCAGUUGAUCAGGAGCAAGAGGAGGUUGAACAGGAGCAUUUGGUAGCUGAACAGGAACCUAAAAGUGUAUUAGAUGUCCCUGAUGAAACCAGGAAUGUGGAAUUAGACCAAAGGAAUCCCACGGAUGAAGAAACAUCAGCAGAUGUUACUAACCAGGACUCUAUCGAAAUUCAAACAGUUGAGAAUCAACUGAAAUUAGCUAUUAAUGAGGUGGAAAUGAAUAAAGAUGAAGGGGGCGCCAGCAUGGAUACUAUUCUUCAAUCUGAAAAGCAGGAAAUUUUGACCUCUAAUAAAUACCCAGUCUUUAGUCAGGUUGAGAUUGAUAAUAUUGAAAGCUAUGUAGAAGAUUCUGUGUCUGCUUUAGAUGCAUUUAAUGCAAAAGAGUUAGAUGAGACUACAACAGAUGAAGUUGUUGCAGAAUCAUUUGAAACAAAAGCAGAGCAGAGAAUUGAUGAAGAAGAGAUUGUUGAGGAAACAAUUGUAUCUCAAGAAUCAAACAGCGCUGAACUUGUGACGGAAUUAGAAUUCACUGAAGUGAACAAAGAAGAUCAAAAAAUCUUUGGUAUGGAUGGCGAACAAAGUUCAGGAAAUCUCUUAACUGAUUUAAAACCUCAAAUUGAAGAAGCAGCAUCAGAAAUCAAAAUAGCUGCAGAAGUAGUAUCUGCUACAGAAGAAGAACCUGCUGCAAAAGAAGCUCUUCUUGAUAAUACAGUAGAAUCUACGACUGAAGAAUCAUCAAAUAUUGCUGACAUAGAAGCUUUUGUGGAUGAAGAAACAUUGGAAUCUUCUGAAGAAACUUGUGCUUCUGAAGAAAUCACAAAACCUAUUCAUGAGGAAGCGUCUACUGAGGAUGUGGCCCCUAAUACUAAGAAAACAAUAGAAAUUGCUGUUGACGAAACAUCUGAACUUUCCACAGAAGAAGCUAUUUUUGUUGAAGAAACACAAAAACAAGUUGAAGAAACACAAAAACAAGUUGAAGAAGUAUUUGAGCAUACUGUUGAAGAUACUACCGAGACAGCAGCAGACAAAACUCCUACUGAUGAGGAACCCUUUGGUGUUGAAUUAACACAAGAACCUGUGGUAGAAGAAACUACUGCUAUUGAAGAAUCAAUAGAAAUAGUUGCCGUAGAAGUUAUUAAAGUUGAUGAAAUUUCUGUAUCUAAAGACACUUCUCUGACCCUAGACGUUUCUGUUGCUGAAGAUACUCCAGUUGCUGAAGAAGCUGAUAAAUCUGCAGGGGUAGAAGAAGCUCCAGUUGCUGAAGAAACCCAAGAUAAAGCUGCUGAAGAAGGUCUUGUUGCUGAAGAAGCUCCUUUUGCCGAAGAACCCCCAGUUGCUGAAAAAGCUCCAGUUCCAGAAGAAGUUUCUGUUGAAGAAGCUCCUGAUGCUGGAGAAGCUCCAGUUGCAGAAAAAGCUACAGCUGCUGAAGAAUCUCCAGUUGCUGAGGAAGCUCCUCUUGCUCAAGUAGCUCAUGUUGUUGAAGAAGCUCCUGGUACUGAAGAGGCCCCAGUUGCUGAAGAUAUUUCUGUUACUGAAGAAGCUCCGGUUGCUGAAGAGGUUCCAGUUGAUUCAGAACCUCCAGUUGCUGAGGAAGCUCCCAUUACUGAAGAAGCUCCAGUUUCUGAAGAAGCUCCAGUUUCUGAAGAAGCUCCAGUUCCUGAAGAAGCUCCAGUUUCUGACGAAGCUCCAGUUUCUGAAGAAGCUCCAGUUCCUGAAGAAGCUCCAGUUCCUGAAGAAGCUCCAGUUCCUGAAGAAGCUCCAGUUCCUGAAGAAGCUUCAGUUCCUGAAGAACCUCCAGUUCCUGAAGAACCUCCAGUUCCUGAAAAAGCUCCAGAUACUGAAGAAAAUUCAGUUACUGAAGAAGCUCCUGUUGCUGAAGAAGCUUCAGUUGUUGAAGAAGCUCUUGAUGCAGAAGAAGUCCCAGUUGCUGAGGAAGCUCCAGUUGCCGAGGAAGCUUCUGUUGUUGAAGAAGUUUCUGUUGUUGAUGAAGCCUCUGCAUCUGAAGAAGCUCCUGCAUCUGAAGAAGCUCCUAUUGCUGAAGAAGUUCAGGUAACAGAGGCUCCAGCCCCUGAAGAAGCUGUAAUUACUGAAGAAGCUCCAGGUGAUGCAGAAGCUCCAGUUGCUGAAGAAGCUUCUGUUGUUGAAGUAGCCCCUGUUGUUGAAGAAGCUUCUGCUUCUGAAGUGGCUCCAGUUGCUAAAGAAGCUACUGUUAUUGAAAACACAUUAGUUAUUGAAGAAGCUCCAGUUGAUGCAGAACCUCCAGUUGCUGAAGAGGCUCUAGUUGCUGAAGAAGCUCUAGUAGCUGAAGAAGCUCCAGGUACUGAAGAAGCUUCAGCUACUGAAGAAGCUCCGGUUACUGAAGAAACUUCAGUUAUUGAAGAAGCUCCUGUUGUUGAAGAAGCCUCAGUUGAUGCAGAAGCUCCAGUUGCUGAAGAAGCUCCUGUUGCUGAAGUAGGUCCUGUUGUUGAAGAAGCUUCUGCUUUUGAAGAGGCUCCAGUUACUGAAGAAGCUUCUGUUACUGAAGAAGCUCUAAUUAUUGAAGACGCUCCAGAUGAUGCAGAAGCAGUUCUUGAAGAAACUUUAGUUACAAAAGAAGCUUCAGUUACUGAGGAAGCCCCUGUUGCUAAUGAAGCUUCAGUUGUUGAAGAAACACCAGUGGUUGAAGGAGCUCCUGUUGCUAAUGAAGACCCAAUUGCUGAAGAAGCCCCAGCUGCAGGGGAAGCUUCUGUUGUUGAAGAAGCUUCAAAAUCUGAAGAAGCUCCUGAAUCUGAAAAAGCUCCUGUUGCUGAAGAACUUCAGGUUGCAGAGGAAGCUCCAGUUGCUGAAGAAACUCCAGUUGCAGAAGAAGCUUCAGCUGUUGAAGAAGCUCAAGAUGCUGAAGAAACUCCUGUUUCUGAAGAAGCUCCUGUUACUGAAGAAGCUCCAGUUGCUGAAGAAGCUCCAGUUGCGGAAGAGGCUCUAGUUGCUGAAGAAGCUCUAGUUGCUGAAGAAGCUCCAGGUACUAAAGAAGCAUCUAUUCAUGAAGAAGCUGAAGUUCCUGAAGAAGCUCCUGUUACUGAAGAAACUUCAGUUAUUGAAGAAGCUCCUGUUGUUGAAGAAGCUCUUGUUGAAGAAACACUGGAACCAGAUUCUAUUGUUGAAAAACUUACUGAUAAUGAGAGUGAAGCUCCCAAAAUAGAAGCAGAGACAGAGCCAAGCACAAAUGAUGAAGUUGCUGAAAAUGAGUCCAGUGAUGUUGCAGCAGAAACCCCAGCAUCAGAGGAAGUAAUUGAACCGGUGGAAUGUUUUUCAACCCAAGCUGAACCUUCUUUGUCUUCUCCCGAUGACCAACUUGACAGUAUGAUUACUCAUGAUGACGUUGAAGAAAGCAUUGAAUCUACCCAGGAUAAGGAAAAUGUUAUGCCUGAAGUGAUUGAUCAAGAAGAUGCUCCUAUUGACGAAUCUGAACCAAUGGCCGAGAAACCUGAAGAACACUCCUCUGAUAGCAUCACAGAUAUGGUAAACAAAGCAAUGGAGUCCAUGAAUUCCACAGAAAAAAAAGUGGAUGAAGCAGCAGUAACCAUAAAAGAAACAGAUUCUAAAACAGGAUUAGCAUCAAAGAUAAUAGGAAAAGCUAAAACAAUUGGAAUGAAAGCUAUGGAAUCAAAAACAGAUGCAAAGAAAAGACCAACUUCAGGAACUCCCAGAGCUCCUAGUAAGCCUGUAGCCACUACAACAAAAACUUCAACCCUGGUGAAAUCAGCAACCCCAACUCGGCCAACAACUCAAAAUGUGAAAACUGCAACGCCCCUGAAAUCAGCGGCCCCUGCAAGAACUGCAUUGCCCCCUGUUAAGCGCAAUGUUCCGGUAGUUAAACCUAACACGCCAGUCAGUAAAACCACAACACGUCCAAGCCCAGCUUCAAACCAAACCAAACAAUCUCCGACCGCCCGUAAACCACUCCAAACCAAACCAAGCCCAGCUAUUGCACCACGUGUAGCUUCCACCACGGCGGCCCCUCGUCCAGAAUCCACACGGAUAGCUCGACCUACCAACGUAAAACCACUUUCCUCACCGAGACCAUCUCCAGGAAGACUCCCACCUCAGUCAAGACCAUUAUCGAGGCCAUCCUCCUCCCCAAAACCAACAACACCUAGAAUUCCUCUGCAUCAAAGACCGCUUCCUAAACCUUCAGUCCCUCUGGUUAAACGCUCCACUAGUCCUGCUAAAAGACCUGCAUCAAGAGCUUUAUCCCGACCUAGAACCCCUAGAACUCCUUCAGUUCCCCGGGUUCCAAUUUCUAUCCGACCUGCAGGAAGUCUUCCUCCAUUCAGGGUGUCAACCGCUGCUGGAGCUAAAAAACCAACAUCACUGACGAUAAAACAGAUCAAGAGAACAGUAACAUCUUCGCCCAGUACACCGGUAGAAAAUGGAUUCCAUCAUGACAACCAUGAAUCUUAUGGAAUUGAGCAUGAUGCUCCUGAAAUGAAUGGAGUUGACCAUGAUGGCCAUGAAUCGAAUGGUGUUGUUGCCACCUCACCAACUGACUUGUAAAUAGUAGUAGGUGUUAAAACAAGUCAUGGCUUUUUUAAUAUUAGAUCUAUCACAUUAAAAUUGCAUUGUAAUUAACAUAUUCACUCUGAUGUUUAUUCUAUAUCCCUAUUGUUUAAGGGCUGAAUGCUUGAAUUAUCUUAAAUUUUUCCAUAGUAUUUUAUGUACAUGCAAUGAAUACAACAUUCUACACCAUUGUUUGAAUUUUACUAUUGUAGUUAAGAUAUAAAGUAUCUAGAAUAAACAAGAAAUAUUUAAAAACUUACAGUUUGUUGUGACUAGCCUUAAAGCAUUAAAUGUAUGUUAGAAUAGUCUUAAUGUAAUUUGAGCUUCAACACAAUCAGUCAUCUUAUUGGCGUGCCUAACAGGCUAACAUGAGCAUAAAAUACUAAAUUUUGGCAGAAAUUUGUGCCAAAACUUACAUUGAAACAAACCCAUUUUUUUAUUUAGCAGCUUCAGUACACCCUUCAAAAAAUUUGUCAGUUGCAUUUUUGAAAUAAAGUUUUUUACAUAAUUA